UUUCAUAAAAUUUAAAUCGAAAUUCUAGCCUAAGAAAUUUAAAAUUUGUCUGAUUGUUCCUAUGACAACUAAAAGAUAUAGUCGUCUGAUCCGGAAAUAUACAGUAAUGAAAACAAUCAAAAGACUAUAUGCGAAAUUUCAUAUUUACAGCAUUGCAAACUUCUAGUAAAAUUAUAAUUGCAAAGGUAUAAAAAUGGGCACAUCUUCAAAAUAAAAAUAUGCUGAAAAACAAAGUUUAUAUUUUUUAUGAUUUUUCUGACCAUCUAUGUAUAUACUUGAUAUUUAUAUAAUAAAAUAACCGCUAUUAAAUUUGUAUUUAUUGAAACUUAAAAGAAUGAUGAUUUUCUGUCAGCCCAGUCUGCACGUGCGCAGACCCCCUGAACAUCUGAUGCGAGUCGCAAGGAAAAAUAAAAGCAAAACAAAAGUGAAAAAGACGCAGAAAUUCCACAACUUGAAUAAAUAAUGCUAAUUUGUUUAUACUAUUUACGAAUUUAAGCUACUUUUUUUAGUAAGAAUGACAAAAUCAUAAGCGAGAAACGGAAAAAUCAGGCUUAUAAGCAAUGUAAUGUAAUCUCGGUGACUUGGUGGGCAAAGUGCACGGAUCUGUAUCUGUUCCAAUCGCAGCACAGCGACUAGAAGAAAUCUCAGUUGAAAACAAAUCCCAAAGAUACUCAACGCCAUAAUGUCGGAGGAAACUGAAUUCCUGGAGGCCUAUGCUCGCAUCCAAGUAGCAUACAAGGCAGCUAUGACCCAGGUGGAGCUGGCCAUUAACCACGAGGAGCAGGGGUCACAAGUACAAGCCAUCGAUGCCUAUGCACUAGCCUUACAAAUGAUAGAGGAUACUUUCGGAAUCCCUGUUGGCCUGCCUGAUGAGAUAGACGCAGUGCAGACGGAAUGGAACGACGCCUGUGCCCUUAUCCAAAAACUAAAAAGCGCCAAGACAGAGGUCAGCUAUCGAAUGAAGGUGCUCCGAUCCCAGAACCAACCCGUUGACGAUACUGCCGUGGAGGCCAAGGAGGACAAUCGCUCGGUAGUGGAUGCUGGCAGGCCAUGGCUGGCAGAGAAUCCCUCCACCCAUUACGAUAUAACCAAUGCCAGUGGCACACCGAAAACCUACAGGGAGCUGGCUGCCGGAUUGCGGGAACUAUUGGCUGUUCGGGACUCCCAUGCCCAGCUGGAUGAGCUCUUCCGUGCCCAGGUGAAGAUCUACAGGAUUGAAGCUAGUGGAGCUGUGACCACUAUUAGUGGAUCCUCCACCAUGUCGCUGGUCAUGUGCACGGUGGGCGGAAAAUGGAAGUACCUCAGUGGAAUUUAUUUCAUCCAAUGCUCCAUGCCGAACGAGGACCCGGGAAUGAUCUGGCUGUACCCACUGGUACCCUCGAUCACCAACUGCUAUCGCACCGAGUAUGGAGCGUUCAUUUUCCCGGAUAUGGAGUGCCAACAGCCGGGAAAUGCCUUUGGCUUAAUGCUGACCAAGGAAGGCCAACGUCCACUGAGCACUACAGCCGGGGAAUCGGAGGAGGAGCAGCUGCAGGAUCUGCAGCAGUUCUUCCUUGAUCUCCUGGAGGCUGUGCUCGCUGGCACGGUGGAGCAGUUGAAAUCUCCGACCUCCCAACGUGCAGGCCUCGGUUCCGAUACCACUACGGGUUCGGAGCAGGUGUCUAGACACAUUGUAAGUGCGGCUGAUUUCAUUGCCCGGAAUUUGGUGAAAGGCGCCGAGAAAACGGGUGGGCUCAUGAUGCGGAGCACUCCCUAUCUCAUCUCCAAGAUGACCCCCGCCUCGGCCGAUGCUCCUACCCAGGUGCCCAGCUCAGUGCAGACUUCAGUGGAAGUCGCCCAGAAAGUGACCCACGCAGCGGCUGGGAUGACAGGCUGGAUAGCUGGGAAGGUGGGCACCGCCUCAAUGGCCGUGGGUCGUUACUUAGCUCCACACAUCCAGGAGCAGGGAUCAAAGCUGUUGCAAAAAGGCUUCGGCUACGAAAGCAGCGAGGCAAACAGCACAAUGGAAGGCGCAUUGACCAUUGCAGCGGGAGCAGUCGAAGGAGUCAGUACCGUAUUUGAUGGCCUGGAGACUUCAGCAAAGAUUCUGGGAUGCAGUCUCAGCGAGAACUCCGUCAAGAUCAUUGAGCACAAAUACGGACAGCGGGCCGGAAAUCUGGCCAGUGGAACCUUUGAUGCAGUGGGCAAUGCCUUUGUAGUCAGCCAGAACGUAAACUACAUUACCCCUAAAGGUAUUGCCAAGAAGAUGGUCAAACGGACGGGAGAGGCUGUGGUUAGCGACUACAAACGCGACUUACGCAAAUCGGAAUCUCAUUAUAUUAAUGCCGGAGCUUUGUAUCCGGAUCUGCGGGCUUUGAAGGAGUAGCCCCUUACCAAAGAUAUUCUCCAAAUACAUAAUCGUUGAUAUUGAUAUUCAUUGAUAAACAUUUAUAAAUAAUUUAUAUAAUAGCCUGAUUUUAGCUUUUCUCGAACACUAGUUCAUUAUGCAAAAUAAAACUACCAUUUAUUGUUAUACAGCUUAAUUCUAUUAAAUUUCUAGUCUAUCGA